AUGGUCGGUGCACCGCCGCUGGCGGGCCUCAAGGUCCUUGAGUUCGCAGGUCUAGCUCCAGGCCCCUUUGCCGGCCUCCUCCUCGCCGAUGCAGGCGCCUCCGUACUCCGCAUCGACCGCCCCUCCCCGUCUCCCACCCCUGACGGCCUUACGCGUCACAAGACCUCCAUCGCCAUCAACCUCAAGUCCCCCGCAGGCCGCGCUCUCGUCCUCCGUCUCGCGCGUGAGGCCGACGUUCUCAUCGAGUCCUUUCGGCCCGGCGUUAUGGAAAAGCUCGGCCUCGGCCCCGAAGUGCUCCUGCAGACGAACCCAGGGCUCCUCUACGCGCGCAUGACGGGCUUCCGCCGUGACGGCCGGUACAAGGACAUGGCGGGCCACGACAUCAACUACCUCGCCGUGUCAGGCGUGCUGGGCCUGCUCGGGCGCAAGGACCAGAAACCCACGCCGCCCAUCAACAUACUGGGAGACUUUGCCGGCGGAGGCGCGACGCUGUUCCAGGGCAUUCUGCUGGCCCUGCUAGCGAGGGCGAAGACAGGCAAGGGCCAGGUGGUGGAGGCCAACAUGGUCGACGGCGCGAGCUACCUGGCGACCUUUCCGCGGCUCGCCAAGAAAACACCCGCCGGCGACGGGCCGCGCGGGACGAACCUGCUCGACAGCGGGUGCCCGUUCUACGACACGUACGAGACGCGCGACGGCAAGUUCAUGGCUGUCGGGGCGCUGGAGCCACAGUUCUACGCGGCGCUGGUGCGCGGCCUGCAGCUGGAGGGCCAGGGCUGGGAGUCGAGACAGAUGGAUCGUGGAUGCUGGGACGAGAUGCGACGGGCCUUUGAGGAGGUGUUUAGGCGCAGAGACCGUGCCGACUGGGAACAAGUAUUUGACGGGACCGAUGCCUGCUGCACGCCGGUGCUGGAGUACAGCGAGCUCGAGGCGCACAGACAGGCGCGGGAGGGCGACCAGAGGCCUGCUGUCACGCUGCGGGAGACGCCGUGUCUGGCUGUUGAUACCGGCGGGAAGGGCUCGAGCGGUAGCACAGGUGGUAGUACUGACCACGGGCCGAGUCGCGGUCAAGGACCCGGUGUCGAAGGCGAUGGUUACGAAGGGAGGCUCAUGGUGCCUGGAGACGGAGGAGACGAGACACUGAAGAGCUGGCUCGGGUGGGAGAAAGGGCGGCACUUUGAUCAGGGCCGGUCCAAGAUGUAG